ACAGAAGGAGGAAGUCACCUUCGCUGAGUUGAGUGAAGCGCACACCGGGUUACCUGACAGUCAAACCCGGAGGAGACGGUCGCCGCUGUGCCUGCAGGAAUAUGGCAGCAACUGUGGCUAAUGGCAAAUUAAAACCACAUUUGAACCAGAACGGACUGAAAGGCGACGAUUUAAAGAGGAAUGGCUAUCACAACAAGAGAGAGAAAAAUGGCCCAGGGACUGGUGUCGCCUCCAGGCAGCACAGGCACGAGUCCUUUGAACAGGCGCCCAUCUACGUGGCUGUCAUGACAUACCUGGGCUUUGGCAUUGUCACCCUGUUUGGCUACUUCAGAGAUUUCCUCAGAGCUGUGGGCUUAGAGAAGUGCCACCUUGCCCGGGAAAGAGAUGAACAGAAGGACUUUGUGCCACUUUAUCAAGAUUUUGAGAACUUUUACACUCGAAACCUGUAUAUGAGGGUACGAGACAACUGGAAUCGUCCCAUAUGCAGCCUGCCGGGGCCUGUCUUUGACCUGAUGGAGAGGGUGUCUGAUGACUACAACUGGACAUUUAGGUUAACUGGGAGGACACUACACAACGUGAUCAAUGUGGGCUCUUACAACUACCUCGGUUUUGCUGAGAACAACGCCGAUUUCCUGAAAACUGUGGCAGACAAAACACGCGACUAUGGCGUUGGAGUUUGCAGCACAAGACAGGAAAUGGGCAACCUGGGCAUCCAUGAAGAGCUGGAGCAACUGGUGGCCAAGUUCCUUGGAGUGGAGUCCUCCAUGACUUUUGGGAUGGGUUUUGCCACCAAUUCCAUGAAUAUUCCAGCAAUUGUUGGCAAGGGUUGUUUGAUACUGAGUGAUGAGCUCAAUCACACAUCUCUCAUCCUAGGGGCCAGACUGUCAGGGGCGACUAUACGGGUGUUCAAACACAACAAUAUGCACAGUCUGGAGAAGAUGCUAAGUGAGGCAGUUUGCUCAGGUCAGCCUCGGACCCACAGGCCCUGGAAGAAGAUCCUCAUCAUGGUGGAAGGCAUCUAUAGUAUGGAAGGCUCCGUGGUGCGACUUCCUGAAAUCAUCGCUCUGAAGAAGAAGUAUAAAGCGUAUCUGUACCUGGACGAGGCCCACAGUAUCGGAGCAGUGGGAGCGUCAGGGAGGGGUGUGACAGAGCUGUUUGAUGUGAACCCAGCUGAUGUGGACGUGAUGAUGGGCACCUUCACCAAGAGCUUUGGGGCUGCUGGAGGCUAUAUUGCAGGGAAAAAGGAGCUGGUGGACUACCUGCGUAGUCAUUCUCACAGUGCAGUAUACGCCUCGGCCAUGUCCCCUCCUGUCACUGAGCAGAUCAUUCGUGCCAUGAAGUGCAUCAUGGGAAAAGACGGGAGCACAGAGGGCAUUAGACGGGUCCGCCAACUGGCAGAGAACACCAGAUACUUCAGGGCCAGACUGAAGGAGAUGGGCUUCAUCAUCUAUGGCAAUGAUGACUCACCUGUGGUUCCAAUCCUGCUCUACAUGCCAGGCAAAGUGGUGGCUUUCGCUCGAGAAAUGCUGGAGAGAAAAAUUGGAGUAGUGGUAGUCGGCUUUCCAGCCACGCCGAUUACAGAGGCCCGAGCUCGCUUCUGUCUGUCUGCAGCGCACACCAGAGCCAUGCUGGACCAGGUGCUGCACCAUCUAAACGAGUUGGGAGACACUCUCUGUCUGAAGUUCUCACGGAAGAAAUAUUCCUCUUGGUCCGACCUCUCUGAUGAGACAGACUUUGAGCUGGACAGCUGAUAUGACCCUUGACACCUUCAUUUCACAGUGUCAAAACGAAGUUGUCCGUGCUGCAGCAACAGACCCAUAAACACAAAACAUAGAGUAACACCCAUGUCUCACAGCAAAAGAGGGGCCAAAUGUUUGGCAGCUGCUUGUUAUAUGUUUGUAAAACAUUGUGAUUUAACAGCACACUUAUUUGUGCGUCUUAACAAGAGAAACUGAAAUGUUUCUGAAUAUUUUUAUUUGUAAUUAUAUACAUGAAAUGAUCGCACACGCACUGCUGGACUCAAACUGAAGGACUGUGUAAAAUAUAUGUAGUUAUUUAGCUGUUCAUAUUGAGACAAACAACACUCAGGUUCAAAGAACAUCAGUUUCUCUGCACUCCCAUUUGAAGUCAGUUUAAAGAAACUUGCUUAAAAGAGCCUUGUUGUAAUUACUCAUGUUUACAUUCAGACAUCAAGAACUCUUUAUGGAAGCAUUUUUUGCUUCUUGUAAACGUCAACCAUCAUUUAUUAAAAUGCUGGUUGUGGUUAUUAAAGAGCACAGUCUCUAAAAAUGUAAUUUAAGGACUUUCAUUUACUUCCUUAACAUGAAAGAGUAGUUGUAAGUAAAGAAAUGGAAUUUAUAGUUUGAAAUUUUCCCUCUGGUGUACUGCUGCAUUGCACCAAUUUUGAGGCUUCUGAUUUUUAUUGUUUUCCAAUAAAACACAAAUACCGCACAUGAAAACUUCCUGAAUGUGUUUAGGAAAAGGAAGGUUGAUUAAUUAAUCCACAUGACAGGCUGCUGAAAGUCCUGAACCUUCCCUUUGGAACUGUGUUAACUUCCUGACACAUGAUUAUUUACACUACUCAUGGCUGAACUGAUCG